AUGAUCUCACCAUUUAUAGAUGCUAACCAUCCAAUCUAAAGUUACUUUCCAGAGAGGAAAUGGGGAAUCGCAGUACCAAUCUUCAUUGGAGUAAUAUUUUUGACUAUUUCCUUGGUCUUUAUUGGAGUGGCCUUGCUAAUGGACUCAAAGAUCUCUGAAGUUGCGAAUCGCCGAAUGGAUGAAAAGCAAAGAGAGGAAAGAGAAAACUAGCGAUAAGCUACUUCAUCUCUUGCUAAGUAUAGAAUUUUGAAGACUAACAGAGUCAGUGAUGAAAUGCAAGUGCAGAGAACAAUUAGCAAAGAAAUAAUUAAUGGGAUUGAAUAGAGUGUAGCAAAUAGCAGUGUAGCAGGAUCUGUACACAAUCAGAGUUCAAGCGAUUUACCCCCAAGUUUUGCAGAUAAAAAGUAAUGA